UUGUUCCGAUCUUGGGGGCGAGUUGGAACGCUGGUUGGUGGAUCAAAGACUGAACGUUUCGACAAUGAAUUUGAAGCUGUGGAUGCUUUCAAACAAAUCUUUUUGGACAAAAGUGGCAAUAAUUGGGAUGAUAAGGAUAACUUCAAAAAAUUACCUGGGCGCAUGGAUUUGGUGGACACGGAUUUUGCAGUACUUGUAAGGCAUAAUUUCAAUCUUCCCGUUCUUUUUAACGAAGAAAAGGUGUCAACUAUUGUACCAGGAUCAAUCAGCAAACUCCCGACUUCCAUCAAGGAUAUCCUUGUGAUGAUUUUUGACAUGGAGCAGAUGAAAAAUCAGAUGCUUAGUUUCCAGCUCGACUUGGACAAAAUGCCUUUGGGCAAAUUGUCGAGAAAACAGAUCACGAAUGCUUUUUCAGUGCUGACUGAGCUGCAAACGCUAAUGGAAAAGCAACCGGAACAGGACAAGAUUCUCGAUGCGUCCAAUCGCUUCUACACUCUUAUUCCUCACAACUUUGGCAUGGCUAAGCCACCGCUCCUGAAGUCUAUCGAUAUGGUUAAGGAGAAAUGCGCCAUGCUGGAUUCGCUUCUAGACAUUCAAAUGGCUUAUGAAGUUAUCAAGGAAGAGGCGAAGGAGGAGAAGGAGGGUGAGGAACGCGAUCCUGUGGAUAUUCAUUAUGAGAAACUCAAGUGUAACAUGGAAGUUGUGGAACACGGUUCGGCAGAGUUCGAAACGGUCAAAACCUACAUGAAGAAUACCCAUGGAGCCACACAUACUAUGUUUGAACUUGAGAUAGUUGAUAUCAUCCGACUGGACCGUGAUGGCGAAAAAGACAGGUUUACAAGAGAUCUUGGAAACCGAAUGCUUUUAUGGCAUGGUUCUUCUACGAUGAACUAUGGAGGAAUCCUUUCACAAGGACUUCGCAUCGCUCCUCCGGAGGCACCAGCGACUGGUUACAUGUUUGGCAAAGGUAUUUACUUUGCUGAUAUGGCGUCAAAAGCAGCGAAUUACUGU